AUGAAGUUCACAUCCAUCUUCUUCAGCCUCGCCGGCAUCUCCCUCAUCCAGGCCGCGGCCGUCGAGAAGCGCACCGGGUCCGCCCUCACCCAAGCCGUAGCGCAAUCCCGCCUGGAAGCCGCCGGCAUCUCUUCCUCCUCCACGGGCGACUGCACCGACAAGACCGUUAAAACAUGUACCUCGUACGACGGGCUACUAUCAGGCACCGUUGCUGGCGCGAUUACCCUGAAAGGCGCAUGCGCCUGCACGCUCAUCAUCACGGGCGGCACCGAGACGGGGCAUGCGAGCGGCACGUAUAGCCACGCAAACGGGUACAAGCUGGAUAUCGGGAAGAACACCGCGUUGAACUCGUAUGUGACGGGCACCUUCACGCAGAUCGCAGAUCGUGGGGAUGGAUACCCGCAGUGGAAGGCGGCUUCGGGGAACAUUUACUGCGAUGAGGGCAGCCACUGGGAUAUUACUUACUAUUGA